AGUUAUAAUAAAGUGAAAAAGACAGACAGCAGCACACAGAACAAUUGACAAAAAAAGACUAAAACAAAAAAAUCGAAAGGAAAAUAUUCAUAUAAUAAUUUUUUUCUGGUUCAUUGUUGCUCUCUGCUUCAUGUGGCAAUUGAAUUAAAAUUAGAAAAACUUUGAAAAUUCUAUUCGAAAAAGUGUUUUGAAAUAUCUCGCACAAUCAAAAUCGAAAAAGGGUAGCCAGUGAAAAAGUAAUCAGCAAGGUUUUUUUUUCUUUUCUUUAUUCUCUUCUCUCAUUUUGCAAAGACAUUUUUUUUCACAAGAAAGAAAAAAAAAAAAAAAGACGACAAAGGAAAGAAUAACAAAAGAUUCACAAAAUUCAACUUGCAUCAAAAGUUGACUAGUGAAUGCCCCAAUAUAUUCGAAAAUGUGUUGAAAAAUCAAAAAGUUGAGAAAUAUUCGAAAAAAUGAACAAAUUUUCAUGGCCAAUAAUUAUUUAAUACAUUUUUACAACAAAUUUCUUUUUUGCCAAACAUACGUCGUUUAUAAGAAAUUUUAAAUAUUUAAAAUAAAAUUUAGAAAACAAAGGAAAGACAAAAGACACACAAAAAAAAAACGAAGUUCGAAAACGAAUCGUCGUUCGUAGUCGUGUCUCGUUGUCGAAGUGUGUUGAUUUUGUAGUCAUCGAACUGCGAACUAUAUACGAAAAAGAAAAAAACCAAAAUGGACGGGCACCAUACGCAUCACAACAAUUCAUCGUUUUCGACCCCAUCGUCGUCAUCGUCGCACCACCAUCAUCAUCAUCAUCAUAAUGUCGCCCAGCAGCAGUCUUCUUUGCUGCAACAGCAACAUACUAAACAUCAUCUGCACCAUCAUCAUCAGCAGGGAUUGAGUCAACAACAACAACAGCAUCCGAAUUGCAAUAGUGGCAGUAGCCCAACAAAUAACAGUAACAACCAUCAUAUUGAUCGUCUUAAAAUGUUAUAUCCGAAUGUCAACGAAAAUGAAACGCCACUUCCACGAUCGUGGAGCUCCCAUGACAAGUGCCAUGCCAUUGGAUUGUCACAGAAUAAUCUACGUGUUCAUUACAAAGAAGCAAGUUCUUACAAAUUGGAUCUUCACACAAGGGAUUAUAUGAUUUUACAUAGGCGAAGCAUAUUUUUCGGAAGAACAGGCAAAAGUGUCAAUGAUGCUGCCGCAUCAGUACGUACUCCUCAUCCAAUUCCACCUGGUUGUGGUUUGUAUUAUUUUGAGGUUAAGAUUAUAUCGAAGGGCAAAAAUGGCUACAUGGGCAUUGGUCUUACUUCCGAGAAUUUUAAAAUGAAUCGAUUACCAGGUUGGGAUAAACAAUCAUAUGGUUAUCAUGGCGAUGAUGGAAACUCAUUUUCCGCUUCAAACCGAGGUCAAUCUUACGGUCCAACAUUCACCACAGACGACAUUAUCGGUUGCGGAGUUAAUUUCGUUAAUAAUACAUGUUUUUAUACAAAGAAUGGAAUCGAUCUUGGUAUUGCAUUUAGGGAUUUACCUUCGAAAUUAUACCCAACAGUCGGCUUACAAACAGCUGGUGAAGAAGUUGAUGCGAAUUUCGGACAGGAGCCAUUCAAAUUCGAUCAAAUUGAAGAUAUGAUUCGACAAAUGCGAGCCGAAACUAAGGCAGCCAUAUAUGAUUUUCCAAUGCGCAGCGAAUAUGGAGAUCCAACGACGCUAUUGCACAAAAUGGUCUCAUCUUAUCUAGUACACAACGGAUACAGUCUAACAGCAGAGGCUUUUGGAAGAACAACUGGUCAGAGCUUUACCGAGGAACUAGGAUCAAUAAGAAAUCGUCAGAAAAUAUUAAAACUUAUUAUGACUGGUAAAAUGGGACAAGCAAUAGAGCAUACUGUACGCUCAUAUCCCGGACUGUUAGAAAACAAUAAAAAUCUAUUAUUUAUGCUUAAAUGUAGACAAUUCAUUGAAAUGGUUAAUGGAUCAGAUAUUGAAUGUACUCCUGCCAAAACAAUACAAACUUCUGUUAUUCAAUCAACUAAGUCGUACCAAAAUGGCACACCGAAUAGUGCUGUGAUAAGUGCAGAUUGCGUUCAAGAUAAUCAACAAGAUAUUAAAAAUUCAUUUUUGAUAGAUAAUAAUUCAGAAGAUUUAGAUAAGUGCAACGAUAUAUCGAACAGUGAUUAUUUGAAUGAUGUUGAAAUGGAGAAUGGCCAUACAAAUGGUAGUUCAUGUAAAAAUGGAACAUCUCCUACAAAUUUUGCCAAUUCCCUUGACGUAGACGAAGACAUGGAUGUCGAUUUAUCGCCAUCACGAAAAUAUUGCCAUGGCUUUGAGAGAAUACUUGAAUUUGGAAAGGAACUUUCACAAAUGGGGCAACAAUUAGAAAAGGAAAAUAAAAUGAAUGAAGAAGAUCGACAGAUGUUAGAAGAUGCAUUUAGUCUUAUAGCAUAUUCAAAUCCGUGGUCAAGUCCAUUGGGCUGGCAACUGUGUCCAUCGAAGCGCGAAACAGUUUGCUCUGCCCUUAACUCGGCUAUAUUAGAAUCAAUGAGCUAUCCAUGGAGACCACCACUAGAAGUGUGUGUUGCCCAUGCUGGCGAGCUCCUUAAAGUUAUGGCAAAUUCAUCGUUAGGCGCUUGCGCCUUUGUCAACAUUGACGAUGUGUUCCCACAGAAUUGACCAUGUCCUGUAAUGACAGUGCCGCUGCCGUCGGCCAACGUCAUGUUUGCUACGUUAAUUUAAAAUAAUAUAAAACAAAACAAAAAUCAACAAAAUUAUACAAAAAAAAAACAGUUUUAAAAAAAAUAAUUAAAUUUUGCAUAAUCUUUAUUUUUUAAUCUAAUUUAAUUACAAAUUACUUAUCAAAUUUCUAGUUUAAUUUGUUGUUUGUGUCGCUCUCACUCAGUUGGGCGAUUAAUAAGAAAUAUUUUCUUUAUAUUAUUUUUUUUUACAGUUUUAAGAUUAAAUUAGUUAUUUCAUUUUUUUUUUUUUAAUUUUUGCUGAAUUUUAAACAUAAACAUAAAUUUAUAUUCAACCGUUGUUGUUAUAAUUUUUGUUUGUUUCUUGGUAACGAUUUGAAAAGUUAGAUUAAAAAAUUAAAAGAAAAAGAAAAUCAUAAAACAAUCAAUUUUGAAAUAUUGCAUAGAAAUAUGAUGUAAAUACGAGAAAAAAAAACAAAACAUAUUAUAAGAGUUAUUAACAAAUAGUUUUCUUUUUUUAUUUAUUUUUCUUUUUUUUUGUUUGCUUUUACAAAUAAAUCCACCACGGAGUUUUUCAAAAGUGCUGGUAUUAGAAAUGCUAUCGUUUGCGAUAAAUAGAGUUUUAGAUAAGAAUACUACAUUGAUAUAAUUUCAUUGCUUCCCUUAGAAAAUCAUGUUUCUUUAUUCGUCAAAUAAUUGCACCAUGGCAAAAAAAGAGAUGAGUGAUGUAUUGAAUAUUCAAAAGAAUUUUUAAUUGAAACUCAUAGUUUUGACCAAACAAAUUCUUGCAAUUUCAAUUUCAUUUUGCUUUUUUUUUU